AGUAGUGAUUUACUCAGUAAGGAACAGAGGGGCACAAACAAAACAAAAACAACAGUACAGUAAUAGUAUUGUAUUUCUAGUAUUAGAGGGGCAAAUUGAACCGUUUUUUCCUCAGAGUUUGCGAUUCUUUCGCAGAGAAACAAAAUGGAUAUUGGAGAUAUGCCCAACAAUAACAUAAAGAAAUGGGUAGUGGUUUAUCCAGUUUAUAUAAAUUCAAAGAAAACAAUCGCUGAAGGGAGGAGAAUUAAUGUGAGCAAAGCAUGUGAGAAUCCUACUUGUGCUGAAAUUGGGGAUUGUUGCACCCAUUUCAAACUCCCUUUUGCAAUCGAGAUUGAUAAAGCUUAUCCGCGCGAUUUCAUGCAAAGAGGGAGAGUGCGGGUGUUGCUUAAGAAAGAUGAUGGCACUCCCUGUAAUCCAGCCAUAUCUUCAAUGUCGGGUUGCGAUUGUAUUGCAGGGAAACAGCUGAUGCUGCGAAUUGCAGAGUUAGUGCCGAGACAUCCUGGCAGGACCAAGAAGCAAGAGCCUGCUUCUGCGUCAAAUGCUGGAACUGCCAAAUCCGGAAAGGGUGGGAAAAAGAAGAGAUAGCUCUAGUAUGACACAUUUGCAAAAGAUUUUCCUUGCAUCGCUUGGUAUAUUUUACUUGCGAUAAUGAAAAGACAAUCGAAACUUAUUUGUGUAUUAUUGUUCUGGGAAAGUUUGUCAAGUGGAAUAAAAGGAAUUUUAAACGCUAUUAACUUUUUUGGAUUUAGUGUAGUAUUUUUUUUUUAAUUGCAGUAUAU